AGGUCCUCGUGGAGUUUAAGCGGAAGCGGGUCCUGCAGUACGAGUCGAACCGCUACGUGGCCCCUGGGAGUUAUGUCAUGGUCGGGGGCGAUCGGGGGGAGGAUCUGGGGCUGGUGACCUACACCUGGUGCGAGGCCCCAGGGGGGAUCGCGAAGGGGAUCCGCGAGGCCCUGCUCGGGGGGAAGCCGGCCCACGCGGACGACGGCGCGGAGAAAAACGGAAAGCCCGCCGCGAAUCCCGAGCCCACCUCCUCCGGCGCGAGUCCUAUCGGGAAUAAUAGUGUUAGUUCAAAGAGUGGCGGCGGGGGGAAGACGGUAAUCGGGAUCGGCCUGACGGGGAGCACCCUGACGCGUAGUAUUGGGGUGGGCAGCGGGACGGUGCUGCGGUUGGCGUCAGAAAAGGAAGUCCAACAACUUCACGGGACGCAGACGGAGCUCGAGCACCGGGCGAUCGACGUUUGCGCUCAGCGGGUGCUCGAGCACGAGCUCUCAAUGGUCAUCAUGGACGCCGAGUAUCAAUUUGACAAGAAAAAGCUAACAUUUUUCUACCAAGCGCAGCAACGGCUCGAUUUUAGGGAUUUGGUGCGCGACCUCUACAAGACCUUUAGAGCUAGAAUUUGGAUGGAGCUGGUGGAGAUGUAA